AUGACUAAUAUCGAUCGUGCGACUUCUUACAGUAGCACUAGUGAUUCUGAUACAGAAGAUAUUUCAGAAUCUCUAAGAGCUAUUCGCAGCAAUGGUACUACUCAUCCAUUAAUUAAUAAGAAACCAAGCAAUAUAAGUACAAGCAUUCAAUUGAUUUCAAGUGACAAUGAUUCCUUAAUCAACGAAGAUGAUGAAGAAGAUGAAAGUGAAAAUCCGUUUAUAGACUCAGAAGUUGCAGACUACUAUGAAAACUUGUAUGAGACCUCUCAAUAUGAGUGUAGGCACCUUUUCGAUCCCAAUUUUAAUUGGUCAAAACGUCAAGAUCAAGUCAUUGUUCAUAAGCUUGAUAAAGUUAUUGCAUUGUUUGCUUGUCUAAUGUUUACAGGAUUACAAUUAGAUAGAGGAAACCUCCCACAAGCCAUUUCUGAUAAUAUGUUAGAAGAUUUGGGUUUAACGACUAAUGAUUACAAUAGAGGUAACACAAUCUUCUUGAUUUGUUUCCUUACCGGAGAAAUUCCUUCUUCGAUACUUUCAAAAUGGAUUGGAGCUGAUAGGUUCAUUCCAUUCCAAAUGAUUACUUGGUCCAUUGUUGCUGCAUGUCAGUGUUUUUUACAAGGAAAGUAUUCAUUCUUCUUAGCUAGAGCAUUAACUGCUUUCUUGGAAAGUGGGUUAAUUGCAGAGUUGGUAUUAUUCUUAUCAACAUAUUAUAAAGCAAAAGAAUUGCCUAUAAGAUUAUCUUGGUUAUGGGUAACAUCAACAAUGGUUCAGGUAACUGGAGCAGUUUUAGCAUUAGGAAUCUUGAAAUUAAGAGGAUUCUUAGGAUGGGAAGGCUGGAGAUGGUUAUUUUUAAUAGAAGGACUGAUUACUUUAUUUAUUGGAAUAGGUGCAACUUAUAUGUUAAUUCCUUCACCAAUUGAGUUGGUUGAUAGAGGUUGGUUUUCUGAACAUGAAGUGAAAAUCAUUAUCAAUAGAGUUCUUAGAGAUGAUCCAACAAAAGGUGAUACAAAUAAUAGAAGUGGAGUUACAUUUAAGCAAUUAGUCAAAGUGUUUUUGGAUUAUGAUUUAUGGCCAAUUUACUCAAUUGGAUUGAUCGCCUUUGUUCCUACUGGUGCCAUGACCAAUUAUAUACCCAUCAUUUAUAGGGGGCAAGGGUUGACUACUUUCCAAACCAAUCUAUUAUUGAUACCACAUUAUAUUUUGCAUAUUACAUUUUUAAUUCAGAUUACAAAACUAUCAGAACGAUUAAAUCAAAGGGCUCUAGUAGCUAUACUAGCCCCUAUUUAUUUAAUACCACUAUUAAUAUUUUUCAAAACUCAUCGUGAUACAUUAACAACUACAGGUAUUUGGUUGGUAUCUACAUUAAUUUCUGGAGGACCAUACAUUCAUGCUAUUUGUGUCAGUUGGGUUUCAAGAAAUUCAGGUAGUAUAAAGACAAGAUCUGUCAGUGCGGCUGUUUAUAAUUUAAUAGUACAAGCUGGUGGAAUUAUUUCGGCAAACAUUUACAGAGAUGAUGAUAAGCCAUUAUAUCACAGAGGUAAUAACCAUAUCUUGAUUAUUGGAACAGCAUUACUUCCAUUAUUAUUAUCAAUUAAGUGGUAUUAUACCUGGAGAAAUAAUUCAAGGAAGAAGAUUUGGAAUUCUAUGUCACCAGAAGAGCAAUAUCAAUAUAUUCAUAAUUCACCUGAUGAAGGUAACAAGAGAUUAGAUUUUAGAUUUGAUAGUUAG